GUAAAACACUUUUACAUAAUGGACGACGAAAAAAUAUUUGAAAACUUUUUGAAAAGUGAGGAGAACGCAGCCUUGCGACAAUUACUGAAUCCCGGAGGGAACAUCAACCUGAACAAUGUAGGAAACACCAAUAUAAAUGGUUCACAGCAACCAAUCGCAGGGGAUGUAGCGUCAGGAUUGCCAAGAGAUGUGAACCUCGUGAAACACCAACAGUUGGAUGAAAUUGUAGAUGAAAUUCUAGUCGAUGGAGAACCUGCGCCAGAAAACAAUCUACAAUGGAACCAGCUAAUGUUGUCACCUGAGUUACUCCAAGGAAUACACCAUAUGGGCUUUGUUAAACCCUCCCGAAUCCAAUCGGUUGCGUUACCCUUUAUAUUAGGUCAUGGAAACAAUAUCAUUGCACAAGCCAAAAAUGGUUCUGGUAAAACGGCCACAUUCUCUUUGGCCUUAUUGUCAAAAGUGGAACCCAUGAUGCCAGAAAUACAGGGAAUAUGUUUAUGUCCCACUAGGGAACUGUCAGUACAAAAUGUCCAUGUCUUAUCACAAUUGGGGAAAUUCACUAAAAUUAAGAUAUUUCUCGGUGUACCCAUGUGCGUGAGAUAUCAAGCACAAGAUGGCUAUCAACUUUACGUUGGAACUCCCGGCAAAACUUUGGAGUUCAUGCGCAAACGUGUCAUCAAUUUUGGGAAUACCAAGUUAAUCGUUAUGGAUGAAGCUGAUGAACUCAUAAACAGAGAAACGAACCUCGGAACGCAGGUGUUGACAAUCCAUCAAAUGUUAUCCAGGAGUGUACAAGUUCUUCUUUUCUCAGCCACAUUCUCAGAUGACAUACUUCGCUUCGCGGAAAGGGUAGCAGUCCACCCUAAAAAGAUUCAGGUCAGGAGAGAAAAGCUUACUUUGGACUGUAUAGAACAGCGAUAUAUGAUAUGUGUGGAUGACGAAGACAAAUUCAAGAAGCUGGCCGAACUAUACGCCAGCAUGAUCAUAGGGCAAUCGGUCAUAUUUGUUAAUGCAAAGGAAAAUGCAUUCCAACUGUCUCAAAGAAUGCGCGAUCACGGACACGCAGUAUCAUUGCUAUGUGGAACUAUGAAUCCACGCGCUACCACCAACGCAAUGACACCUGAAGUAAGGGAUCGUAUUAUGCGAGAAUUCAAAGAUGGAGAGACUAAGGUGUUGAUAUGCACUGAUGUACUGGCACGUGGUAUCGACGUUCCGCAAGUUACUUUGGUCAUCAACUAUGAAUUACCGUUCAAGUUUGCUGGAACUACGAGAAUGGCUAGUAGCAAACAGAUUUGUAUGGAAACUUAUUUACAUCGCAUUGGAAGGACAGGGAGAUUCGGUGCAAAGGGUAUAGCCAUCAAUAUGAUAACACCAGCAGAACUGGAGCUUAUAGAAUCUAUUAAACAGUUCUAUCACUGCAACAUCGAAUUGAUUGAGUGCGAUCCGGAAUCCAUGGAAGUCAUGGUUCGCAACUUGCGCGUUUGAACUCAAAAUAAUGAU